AUUUGGUCUAAACAAUCGUUACUGUUGUUUUUAUUGGCCUCGCUGAGUUUGUAUGGCACUGCAUUUAACUACCCCUAUGUUAAUGAAUAUGCUGUAUUUACAAGAUUAAAAGUUCCUGCCGAAUUAUGAAUACGAGAGUAGAAAGUGAGCUCCUCAGCCUCAGUGGAUCUUACCGGAAUCCUUACGAUCAUGGAAGGAGUGAGGAUGACAGUCCAAAGACAGCAGGUGUGAUGGCUGAUUGGGGUGCAAUCAACCGUAGGCUUAUGCAUCAUGGUUAUCAACCUGUCAUGGUGUUUCCAUCAGGUCAAUUGCAAGAAAGUCAUGGAGCAGCUGUUGCUUUAGAGGAGCUUUCAUCCAAGAAUUUACAGAACACUUUGGACAAGUUGAUGACUGAGAGUGACCGAAGGCAGUCAAUGGUGCAGGAGCUAAUCAGCUCUUCAACCAGAAUUCAAAGAGAUGCUGAUGAAGAAAGGGAAAGGGUUUAUCGUCAUGAAAUGGAGAUCAGGGAUCUAAAAAGAAAACUGGAAGAAGAAAAGCUUAAAGUUCAGGAAAUGGAGGGAGUUCGAUUAAUGGAACUUCAACGUCAUGGAAAAGAAGUACAAGAACUAAAAAGAACAAAAACUGAACUUGUGGCUUUGCAGAUGCAGCUACAACAGAAAGUUGCUCAAAGGGAGGAGGAAAUCACAAUUCUUCGGCAGACAUGUCAAGGUCUUGACAAUGUGGACGUUAAAAGACUUGACAUAGAAAAUGAUGUUAGGGGACACUCCUGGAAACAGUCAGCAGAGAAGAGAACUGCACCAGAUCAAAAGUUUUCGGAUGUAAUUGACAGCUAUGAAUCAAAGAUCUUUGAAAUGCAGCAGGAACUUAAAAAGUUGAAAAAAGAAAUGGAUAGUAAGACUCUGUCUCAUGUUGGAAGUCAAAGCCCUACUGAAAGUGAGUUGACUGCAGGAAGUGAAGUACCUCCACCAUAUGCAGACAUCAAUACUUCAACCAGUAAAGAUAGAAAGACUGAACGUAAAAUACAGAAAGAAGAAAAGGUACAGUCUACAGAGAAGCAGCUCAAAGAGUGUAAGAUGUUGAUCAAACUUCUUGAGAGUGAAAACACCCAACUCAAACUUGAGCUGGAAUCCAGACCUAAAUUCAGUGAUUGGAAGAAAGUGCAAAAAUACAAUAAACAGCUCGAAAGACUUCUAGCUCAAAAUAACCUGAGUCCACCUCACAAAAAACACAAGGAUGGAAGGUCUAAAAUGGAUGAUGUGACUUCUUUGAAAAAAAGAUACAGCAAACAUGUAGAAGAUCUUGAUUUUAUGCCCAUUGAUGCAUGCCGAAAACAUUUGAAGGAAGUGUGUUCUGGGCUAAGAGUCACUGACCUCAGAGAUAUUACAGAGAAAAUAAACUUGCUGAAUAUCAUUGCAGAGAAUCAUUUACCCAUGGAAAAGAUCAUGCAAGACAUCAUGGAUAUUAUUAACUCAAAGGAUACCCCUAACUUAUCAGUUGAAAUUCUGCACCAAAAUGGUGCUUCACAUAAAUCUCACUGUGAAAAGGCAUGGCAGUGUAUUGUUCCAACUCUGAACCUCUGGCUUACGCAACUUACAGGACUUCAAGAUCUUCAGGGACCAAUCAAUCAACUGUCAUUUAAUUUGAUGCCAUGGAAAUCAAACACAUUGUUUGAGGAGGAGGAUACCAGACCUUUAACAGUACAGAGAAUCAAAGAGGCACUUGAGUUUCUUUGCCUUGAAACUAGAGUCAGCCCAAGUGAGAUACAGACUCACACUGCAGAAGAAAUAUCACUGGAUCAUCUAAAAAGCAUUGUUGCUCACUUUCAGAAGCUGUUUGACUUAAACACUGUCAGUGGAGUAUUUACACGAAUGAAUGAGCUCUAUAUGCGGCUUGGAGAAACAUGCAAUGCAAUGAAUAAUAUGCGAGAAUUUCUUGGCUUAGAUCCAACUUGCAAAACUUCUGAUGUAGUGAAUGCAGUUUCUAAACUGAGUAAAGCUAGACAUCUCUUGAAAGUCGAGGACCUUCCUAACAUUAUGAAACGCUUGGAUCAGUAUGAUGAGUUCUACCCAGCUUUCCAAUCAAUGAUUUCUGAGUUGAAAAAGCUGUUGAGAGUUCAAGACAUGGAUGAAAUUGUCACAGCUGUAACAGCACUCAUCAAGUUUCCACCCUAUUGACUUUGCUAAGUUUUCCUUACAACCCUUUACAUUUAAAAAAAUUAUAUCACUGAGCAGAUAAUGAAGUGCCUUGUUCCCCACAGUACCCUAUUCUCAUUCUGUAGUGUUCAUUUUCACUCGAUAACCUAUUUAGGCCAGGACCCAAAUGGCCCAGACACAAUGUACUUUCUCUUAGUUUUAAGGUGACAGACUAUGUCAAUUGUAUCACAUCAUAACAAUUUGAAAACUUUCUUAUUAAACCACAGAUUUUUUACCUUUUCA